CUCGGCGCCCUGCUGCCCCUCGUCUCUGCCCACUUCAAGCUCGUCUACCCUGCUGCACGCGGUUUCGAUGAGGACAUCUUGGGCACAUUCCCCUGCGGCGGUCAAAACACCGUCAGCUCGAACCGCACCGAGUUCCCCAUCAGCGGUGCACCCAUCCAACUUCUGAUGGGUCACACUGCUGCCAAGGUCCAGGUGCUCAUGGCUCUUGGAAACGACCCCGGCAGUAACUUCAACAUCACUCUGUUGCCCACCGUCCAGGAACAGGGGCCCCAGAACUUCUGUAUCGGUGCUGGUGCUCUGCAGUUUCCUGCUGGUUUGAACAUUACUGCUGGCAUGAAUGCUACCAUCCAGGUUGUUACCAAUGGUGACCCCAGCGGCGGUCUCUACAACUGCGCCGACAUCACAUUCACCUCUACCGAGCUGUCGUCUUCCGAAUACAGCUCGCACUGCCAGAACAGCACUGGUGUCACCGUGCAGGCUCUGACCAACGCAGGCAACGCAAACCAGUCUACCUCGGAUGCCUCCACCAGCGCCGCAGCUUCGGGCUCUACUUCUGCUGCUGCUUCUGCUGCCACCGGUUCCAAGACUUCUACCGGUGCUGCUGCUCAGGCCACCUUUGCUGGCUUCGCUCUCGGUGCCAUGGGUGUGUUGGCC